UGUUCAUCCCAUUAUGUGGACAUCUCGCACGCCUCAACAAUUCAACAGACGUGGUAAUGCCGCAGCCAUCCCCGCCUUCACCACCCGGUCGACAACUACCUGAUCAUGUAUCGGAUAUAUCCACUUCAGCCCAAACGGGGAUCGACGGCAGCUCGGUAUCGGCAAGUCGGGGAGCAAAGAGAUGUGCCCCAACCGCGGCCAAUGCUUCGUACCCCAGGAAAAGGGCAUUGUAUGCUUGCCAGGUUUGCCGACGCAGAAAGAGUAAGUGCGACAAUGCCCAGCCAAAGUGCGGAUUCUGCGCCAGUGUUGGCGCCGCUUGUACGUACGAAUCAACUAGUCAAGCGUUAUCUUCGUACGACGCUGGUAACCACAUUCUUUUGGAGCGUAUCAACUACGUCGUGUCGCUCUUGGAGGCCAAAAGCAACAAUUCCACUGGGUAUAACUUUCACCCCACGUCUGCCUUGGGACAAUGCCAAAGUUCGACACUUGAGCGACUAACCGACCCUGAUAUCAACGGCGCAUCGGAGAAUCGUCAGUCUAUACCCCCGUGGAGUGUAACAUGUCGCAUUCUUCGAUGGCCGAUAUUUGGUGAGGAUGAAUGGAGCACGUCGCUCAAGUCACUCUUUGUGCCAGGGACUGGUACGGCGGCAAAAAGUAGCUUGCGUCAACAUGGAAUAAUAGAAGAAGAUCUCCCAUCUCACAUUCGCAGCUUUCUUGCCAACGUCCACACCAAAAACCCGGUUGUGGAUCACAAAACCUUGGUUCAAUAUGCACGAGACGCUGCAGAGAACGGUCUUGCAUGGGACGGCCCCAGCUGCAUGGUAUUGAUAGCGUCUGCCUUGGGAAUAGCUUCUGAGUCUUUCCGGCGAAUCCCAACGUCACAGCCCCGCAGCGCAGAGUCCAAUCUGGCCUUGGCUGAUAUCUACUACACAGGGGCACGAAAGCGAAUUGGUCUUCUACGCAACGAUUCGCUGCUGUGCCUUCAGUGCAACUUCCUCUCAGGCGUCUACGAGAUGUACAGGCUUCGCCCACUGGACGCAUGGCACUCAUUCGACUCCGCAUGCAAUUUGAUGCAGCUGUACUUCCGAACGAGAAACCCAGACAUGAUUUCUACCGAGACAAAAGACUUGGAGGAACGAUUAUAUUGGUCCUGCUCAAAGUCGGAAAUCGAACUCCGCAUGGAGAUUGACCUGUUUCCUAUGCGAAGUUCUGGAUUGCCAACCUCUGCCAACUUCCCGAGCCCCCCCAAUGACGAUGCUCAAACGCCCGAGGAGUUUCCAGUACAAGAAAGCUGGUACUAUUACCUCUCGGAGAUCUCCCAGAAGCAUACCGUCGAUCGGAUCAUAGACACAUUUUAUGCUGUCAGUGACGACACCGAGCUGUUGCGACUCCCUCUGCCACCAAAAAUCCAAAUAGCGUCCGAGCUAGAACAACACGAGCUUCUCGCAGCAUCCACUCUUCCAGAUUGGCUUCGGUUUCGUGGAGAGGCUGAUGACCGCGAGAUACCUUGGGUCCUACACAGCCGGGCACUUAUCUAUGAAGAAGCAGAUAAUUCCAGUCAGGCCUAA